AGGAUUCUCGUCCUCCCCUUUUCACCAUGGGGAGUGUAGUACAUAUUGUAACAUACCUACCAUAUACUGUCUUAGAAGGUAUCGUUUUAAUGACGUAUGACGACAGAGAACGUUUGGAUGGUUCUUGGAAAGCGCACGCGGUCACAGGACUCGGGACACUUUGAAGCGGGGAGGAGUUACGGUGGUGUGUUCGUUUGAACUUUUUUGUUUGUGUUGUUUCGUUCAACUCGAGAUACCGUUUCAGGCAAGACGACAGUAUAGGAAACAUGGUUGACUGGCAGGCUACUACAUCCAAGAUCUGUGAAACUUAAGUAGCGCGUAUGGUUACACGUGUCUGAAAACGGGAACAUGAAGACCUUUGACGGUGAUGGUAAUGUAAUGGUGUGAUUUAUAGCGGACGCAUUGCACGCGAAGUCUCCCACCACCGAUUCAUUUGGUUAACGUCUCAUUCCUCUCCAGAAAACGGAUCUCUCCAGAUCAUUCUGGAUCUCUCUCUCCUCGCCCUAUAGUGGAUUUGGAUAUGGGAUAGUGAUCCCAGACUCCUGGACCACACACCUCCGGCCCUUCUUCAGCAAGCAGGAGUAUCUUCUAGUGCGACACACACAAACCGUCAGCUGGUUCACAGUGGCUACUACUGGGGAUGGGGGAUCCAGUGGAGGGCUCUCUUCUGUAUGAUGGUCAGAGACACUCUGGCAGGAACCACAGUGGAACCAUCGCAGAACCACGCGGCACCCACGCAGAACCAGGACGGAACCCAGCAGCUUCCAGGGGAAACCCUAGAACACGUAGAACAACAGAACCGCGUUCAAGAACAACAGAACCAACUCCUAGAACUCGAGAACUUCGAACUCUUAGGUCAAGAGAAUGAACUCUUAGAACAACAGAUCCUAGAACAACAGAACCAACUCCUAGAACUCGAGAACUUCGAACUCUUAGGUCAAGAGAAUGAACUCUUAGAACAACAGAACCUAGAACAACAGAUCCAACUCUUAGAACUAGAGAAUACGGUCCAGACCAGCACAGACAACCGGACCACACCUCCAGACAAGACCAGUUCUGGCGGUGCCCUCCAUCCAAAGUGGCCUCACCAGAGCAACUUUAGAGCGACUAGACCCAGUGUCCCUCUCCCCUGCCUCGGACCUCUUCUCCACUUGCCCGAUCCGAUCCCAGACUCCUGGCCCACACACCUCCGGCCCUUCUUCAGCCAGCAGGAGUAUCUUCUAGUGCGACACACACACCGUCAGCUGGUUCACAGUGGCUACUACUGGGGCCCUAUGGAGAUGGAGGAGGCCCACCGCACACUGCUACUCACACCGCCUGGGAGCUUCCUCAUCAGGGACAGCAGUCAGCCGGACGUCUUCUUCACCCUCAGUUACCACGGCGACUGGGGGCCCGUCAGUGUCCGCGUCCUCCUGACCAGUCAGAGUUUCCGCCUCAACGGCAGUAACAAGGCCUUUGAUUCGUUGUUCGCCUUGCUGCGGUUCUACGUGGAGUCAUCCCAUAGGCGGCUGCGGAGGGCGUGGCGCAGGGAGCGACCCAUGACCUUACAGCAGCUGUGUAGGGGACGAAUCGUGGAGUUGUACGGAGCGGAGAGGAUAGAUUCACUACCUGGGCUCAACCAGGUGGUCAUACAGUAUCUACAGGACUAUCCUUAUAGUAUAUAGACACACCCUCCUGCCGGAGAGUUUGGGGCACCACUUCCGUUUCAACAGACUGAAACUUUCUGAACGGUACUGACCCGAAACUACAAUGGAGUGGAGCCCCAGAAAACGGAAUUGGAAUUUGCUGUUUUUUACACUCUCUGUCUCUGGUCUGGUUCUGUAGUUCUGUCUCUGGUCUGGUUCUGUGGUUCUGUCUCUGGUCUGGUUCUGUGGUUCUGUCUUUGGUCUGGUUCUGUGGUUCUGUCUCUGGUCUGGUUC